UAACUUGAAGUAAUAUAGAUAGCUUGAGCUGGCUUCUUCUUUGUUUUGAUAUGCGCGUGUCUUUCAACUAAACAUGUUACUAAGAUCUAAGAAUGUCACAAACGGAACAGCAUCGGUCUUCUAAGCUUCCCUUUUCUCUGUUUUCUCACACACACACACACAGUGGGUACUGUGAAGUGUAUUUAUUAAAAAAGCUGCUCUUCGGCGGUCAGAAUAUAUAAAAUCCCACCUAACAAUUGUUUAUGUUAAAAAAAAACGCCUUUUUUCCCCCUAAAAGAUUAAUAUUUUAUCUCUCUUGUGUGUGUAUGUAUUGUGUACUCCUGUGAACUCAAUCCAUCUGUGCCCUAGAUCCACAACUAUGCUUUCUCCUCCACCCAACUUUAUGUACUGCAUAGCAGUAUUCAUUUCUAGCACAACUGUUUUGACUGUUUUGUAGUGGCUGUACAUUUUGUACUCUGUGUGUUAUAUGAACUGUUUUCUUGGUUUUCUGAAGGUUAAUGCUCUGUUGAAGUUGGUUUCUUUGAUUUUGGUUAUGUGGGUGUAGGUUUAAUGGUGAAAAGGUGAGAUUUUGGGAGGUGGGGUUUGUUUGAUUUUUGAUAAGAUGAUAAUUGGUUAUACUGUCGUAAUUGGGGAGUGGUGUUUUCUUGAAAAUUUUGAGGGGCAUUGGUGAAAAGGAGUGAUUUUGGGAGGAGGCGUUUGUUUGAUUUUUGAUAAUUGGGUGUGCAUUGGUGAAAAGGUGUGAUUUUGGGAGGUGGGUGUAGGUUUAUUAGCGAAAAGAUGAGAUUUUGAGAGGUGGGGUUUGUUUGAUCUUGAUAAUUGGUUGUGCUGUAGUAAUUGGUAAGUGUUGUUUUCUUGAAAAUGAAGAGUUGUAUUAGUGAAAAGGUGUGAUUUUGGUAGGUGGGGUUGCAUUCUUGGUGCUUUUUAGUUUGGUAUUUUUGGGAUGGGUUGUGUUUGUGGUAAGCCAUCUGCCAUUGAAGACAGUAGAGAUAGUCCAAGGGAGAGGCUGUCAAGUAAAAGUGCUGCAAGUUUGAGAGGGCCAAGAACUGGUGGUUCAUCAAGAAGAGAGGAAGCUUAUAGAGUCAAAGAUCGUUUGGAUAGCAUUGAUGGGAAGACAAUGUUGAUUGAUAAACAAGUAAAUGGUUCAGUAAGACUGCAGACUGAGAAUUAUGAGAGGAAAAGAGAGAAGCAAGAGUUAAUUGGGACAUUACCUAAAAGCAGUGAAGGGGAACAGGUUGCUGCUGGAUGGCCACCCUGGCUUGCUGCUGUUGCUGGAGAAGCUAUCAGAGGAUGGGUGCCUAGACGAGCAGAUUCCUUUGAGAAAUUGGAUAAAAUUGGUCAGGGCACCUACAGCAACGUUUACCGUGCUCGUGAUCUUGAUCAAGGGAAGAUCGUUGCAUUGAAGAAAGUGAGAUUUGAUAAUCUAGAACCUGAGAGUGUUCGGUUCAUGGCUAGGGAGAUUCACAUAUUACGGAGGCUUGAUCAUCCAAACAUAAUAAAACUAGAAGGUUUAGUUACUUCUCGGAUGUCUUGCAGCCUGUACCUUGUAUUUGAGUACAUGGAACAUGAUCUGGCAGGGCUAGCAUCACAUCCUGGUCUUAAGUUUACGGAGUCACAGGUCAAAUGUUACUUGCAACAACUUUUACGGGGACUUGAUCAUUGUCACAGUCGUGGUGUCUUACAUCGUGAUAUAAAAGGCUCCAACCUUUUAAUUGAUAAUAAUGGUGUAUUAAAGAUUGCUGACUUUGGUCUAGCAAGCUUUUUUGAUCCUCGUCAAAGCCAGCCUCUUACUAGCCGUGUAGUGACUCUCUGGUAUCGGCCUCCUGAACUGCUACUUGGUGCUACUUACUAUGGUACUGCUGUGGAUUUAUGGAGUGCUGGUUGCAUACUAGCAGAACUUUAUGCUGGAAAGCCCAUAAUGCCAGGAAGAACAGAGGUUGAGCAGCUUCAUAAGAUUUUCAAACUGUGUGGAUCACCUUCUGAAGAAUACUGGAGGAAAUCGAGGUUGCCGCAUGCAACAAUAUUCAAGCCCCAACAACCUUAUAGGCGCUGUGUUGCAGAAACAUUUAAAGAGUUCCCUGCACCAGCACUGGCACUUAUAGAAACUUUACUCUCCAUAGAUCCUGCUGAUCGUGGGUCCUCAGGCUCUGCCUUGAAGAGUGAGUUCUUUACUACAAAGCCACUUCCUUGUGAUCCUUCAAGCUUGCCAAAAUAUCCUCCGAGCAAAGAAUUCGAUGCAAAAGUUCGAGAUGAAGAAGCCCGAAGGCAAGCGGCUGCUGGAGGUAAGGGUCAUAGAUAUGACCCAGAAAGGAGAGGAACGAGAGAAUCGCGUGCAGUUCCUGCACCCGAAGCCAAUGCUGAGCUAGUUUCCUCUAUGCAGAAAAGACAAGGUCAAUCCAAUCCAAAAAGCAGAAGUGAGAUGUUCAACUCUCAUCCAGAAGAAGUUGCCUCUGGUUUUCCAAUUGACCCUCCUAGACCAUCUCAAGUCGUCGAAGAAGCAAGUAAUGAUCCCCACGCGCAGCUUCAUAAGCGAGGUUCCCAUUCCGGGCCAUUGUCUCACCGAGCUGCUUGGGCAAAAGCUGGAAAGAAUAUGGAUGAUGCCCAAAAGCUUUCUGUAGCGGACAUGUCAGCUAUGUCUGGGCUAGUCGCUGCAAGGAGAAGCAUGUUCUCUGAAGACCGGCCAGAUAAGUCAGGUUCACACAAACAGGAGGUUCCUAAACUCAUAGCCAGGUUUCCCGGAUCCUAUAAAGAGGCUUCACAUUCCACAAUGAAACAAGAACAGAAAAAUCAUGCACUUGCUAGCUCACAUCAUCAAAACGAGGACGGUAGAACCAGCAACAACGAUCCCGUUCUUUUGGGAUAUGGAUCAAAAGGCAACAAAAUCCACUACUCUGGACCACUACUAGUUCCAUCAGGCAAAAUGGAUCAAGUGUUGAAAGAUCACGAUCGCCACAUCCAAGAAGCUGUAAGACGAGCACGCUUGGACAAGGCGAAAGCAAAGAAAAUUCAGGUUGAAGGCAACAAAUUAUCAGCCAAUUCAUUAUUUGUUUCUGGCCGUUGAGCUUCAACUGAAGAGAGCGAAUCGGCUAAGAACAACUAAAAGAGAAUCCAGACUAUAGAAAAAUCACUAGUUAGUUAGUAUUAUCAUGUAAAAUGAGUCAAAUUUGAAAAGGGUGAGUUGAGGGAGUUUGUAUAGAAGUUGUUUAAGGAAGGAUAGCGCGGGGCGUUUUUUUCGCCAUUUGUAGAAGAAUUUAUCUGGAAAAGAUCUCCCUUGUUUUCUGCUAAUUUAAACAAUGUAACUCUCUCUAAACAUUGAAUCAUUCUUGCUGUUCAGGUGACUGUCUUCAGUCUCUGUGCAAGAAUGAUAUGUUCAACAAAUCUAAGUAAGUUCAAAUAAUCUUCUA